CCGAGAUCACGCAGAGUGCGACGAAGCAGCAAGAGCAAGAAAGAUGACAAGCGACCUCGAACGGCUUUCAGCUCAGAGCAAUUAAGCCGCCUUAAAACGGAGUUUGAGCAGAACCGCUACCUAACAGAGAAACGCCGCCAGGACCUGGCCCAGGAACUGCAGCUCAAUGAGGCUCAAAUCAAGAUCUGGUUCCAGAAUAAAAGAGCAAAGUUGAAGAAGAGCACUGGUCAAAAGGGAUCUCUGGCAUUACAGCUCAUGGCCCAGGGCUUGUACAACCACUCCACGAUCCCAAUCGACGAUGACGAAGACGAAGAGGCCAUCUUGGCC